CCUAAAUUCACGAAACUCAACAGUACAAGUACAACACUAUAUCAGGCUUCUUCUGCCAAAAAAAGUUUCUUCACACAAGUACAAAAUUCAUUCAAAUGUCUUCUGCAACAGCGAACCCAUCGCUCUCUUCUCCUGCACUUUCUCCUUCCUAUUUCCCUUCCCAUCACUCUCUCCUUCGCCGCCAUUUUUCUCUCUCCGUUUCUUCGUUAUCAUCGAACAAGUUCACCGCUGGUCUCAGACUCGUCUCACUUUGCUGUCAAUCUCCUAAUCUUGGUGCCAUUUCGACUGUUUCUGCCAUGUCAGAUUCUUCAUCUUCGCCUUCACCUUCACCUUCGUCUGCCAUUGAUUUUCUGACAUUGUGUCAUAGCCUCAAGGCCACAAAGAGGAAAGGAUGGAUUAAUCAUAGGAUAAAAGGCCCUGAGUCUAUUGCUGAUCAUAUGUAUCGAAUGUCAUUGAUGGGCUUAAUUGCUGGGGAUAUUCCGGGUGUGAACAGGGAGAGAUGUAUCAAGAUAGCAAUUGUACAUGAUAUUGCUGAAGCUAUUGUUGGAGAUAUAACACCCUCUGAUGGCAUACCCAAAGAAGAAAAGAGCAGAAGAGAGCAGGCAGCGCUAAAUGAAAUGUGUGAAGUUCUUGGUGGUGGGAUGAGAGCUGACGAGAUUAAAGAACUCUGGACUGAGUAUGAAAAUAAUUCUUCUUUGGAAGCUAAUCUGGUGAAGGAUUUUGAUAAAGUUGAAAUGAUUCUUCAGGCAUUAGAAUAUGAAACCGAACAUGGGAUGGUUCUCGAUGAGUUUUUCUUGUCAACAGCUGGAAAGUUUCAGACAGAAGUAGGAAAAAGCUGGGCUGCUGAGAUUAUAUCUAGAAGGAAGUCCAACUUGACUAAGUAAAGGAAACUAAACAGCAAACUAACCAAAGUCUUGAUCUUUACUGAAGUGGUUGAUGGCUACUGAAAUCUGGAGUAGCUUUCCCGUGAUUGGUCAACAUGGAAGUAGAUAGUUUUUCACCAUUGCUUUAGCUUGUGAAAGUACAUCCAGAUUCUACUGUUUUACUGAGAUCAGAAAAUAUUUCUGGCACACAUGCAUGCUUCAUGCUUCAUGCUUCAUGCUUCAUGCUGGCUUGAUGACUAGCAUAAUAAAUCGGCCUACUUGCUCCAUGACUAGCAAUGGUGAUCAGAGCUAACUUUGCUGAUUUCUGUCUUAAGUUUUAUCUGAAACUGUCUUCCUAGUCCCCUUUGCCAGUUUUUAUACGGCUAUCGGAGUGUAUGAAAUCUUUCUGCCGUAAGACCUUGCCACAGUUCUAUCACCCAAAAGGAUCCGUAUGUGAUGACUGUGAACCGUGCGCUUCGUUAUGCACUUUCUCCUAUCUGCAACUUUAGGGUAUGUGUUUUUUACUUUCUACUCCGUAGUGCCUAAAAUUUCUUACCAUGUCGAAUCAAAAUACUUGUGAUUAUGGGGCACUUUAAAUGAGGUGCUUAUCAGAACUUCAGAAAAUAGUUCAACCAAUUUUCAAGGACGGAAAUGAGCCUAAGAAAGUUGUUAAUCAAACCCUGAAAACAUGAUAAACCACGAGUUAUUGGUUGAGAAAUGCAAUGCAGAACUGACUUUUACAUGACUCGAAUCGUUAACUUGCACAUUUGAAGAGGAAUGCUACAUCGAUGGUGGACAGCGACAAAAAGAGUUCAUACCCAGGGCAAAAUGGUAUUUUCGCUACAUGAGUUGAAAAGUCAAAUAAAUUACUAAAUAUCGGCAAUAUGACAUUAAUUGAUACAACAAUGACAGUAUUUUAAUAUAAUAAUGACAGUAUUUAUGUAAACGAUGAUAAUACUUAUAUAACACUUGUAUACAUAUUUUUAUCUAUUCAUUUAAUAUGCAACACUUUUAUCUAUUCA